UUGAUUCUCUCAUCUGACGCACUCUUCAACACCAUCAAUCUUGCCCAAUUUCAUCCACACACUCACACAAACCGCCAUCAUGAGCCUGCACUACCUUCCCCCCGUCAAGCCUUCGGCCAUCGCCCUCGGCACCUUCUUCAACCACGGCGUCGAGCUCGCCGUUCUCUCUCCUCUCUUCGGCGCCACCUACCAGCGCGCCAAGUCUGCCAACACUAAGGAGGAGUUUGUUCGCUCCAAGGAGGCCAGCUCUGCUGCCGUCGCCUGGGGCACCACCCUCGUCGGCUCGGCCCUCCAGGCCUACGGUGUCGGCGCUCUCAUCAACGCUACUGGUACUCUCUCCUACAAGGGUGCCACCUACCUCGGUGGCCUCAUCUUCGCUGCCACUGCUGCUCCCGGUCUCCUCGUCCAGGCUUUCAGCGAGAGGAGGCCCCUCGACACCGUCGGUGUCAGCGUCCUCGCCAAACUCUUCGAGACCGUCGGUCUGUCGGUCUUCCUCUCCUGGUGGGGGACCCGCACCAACCCCUUCGAGUAAAGGGUUACAUAGAAUAAUUUGACUCGAUAGUCAAGUGGCGUUCAGGACAGGCAUGGGAAAUGGCCGGAAUGGACACUCUUGAUUGAUAAUAACCACGAGACGGUGGAGUUCUUUACUGUACUUAUGUAUCGUCUUUGGCGUAUAAUUGUACUAUUCAACCAAA